UUGUUGGUGCUACCCAUAGGAAUUGAAGAUCUGGGGAGGAGGGUUAGCCAUAGUGGAUCGGAUGAGGAUAGGCCAGACAUAAGAGAGUGGGAGAGGUUUCUAGUUCUGGAUGAGGCUGAUAGGGUUUUGGAUGUUGGUUUUGAGGAGGAACUGAGAGUGAUAUUUCAAUGUUUGCCUAAAAAUAGGCAAACUCUUCUGUUUUCUGCAAUGAUGACAAAUGAGCUGCAGGCAUUGCUUGAGAUUUCUGCAAACAGAUCAUAUUUUUUUGAGGCCUAUGAAGGGUUCAAAACAGUAUAUUCUUUAAAACAACAAUAUAUAUUCACCCCUAAGAAAUUGAAGGAUCUUUAUCUUUUUCACGUCUUGUCUAAGAUGGAGGAGGAGGGUAUCCGUUCGGCCAUUGUAUUUGUUUCCACUUGCAAGACUUGUCAUCUUCUGAGUUUGUUGUUGGAAGAACUCGAUCAGGCUGCAGUAGCUCUGCACUCACAUAAGUCGCAGUCUUUGAGACUUUCUGCUUUAAAUCAAUUUAAGUCUGGUCAGGUUCCUAUUUUGCUUGCCACUGACAUAGCUAGCCGUGGUUUGGAUAUUCCAACAGUUGAUCUUGUUAUCAAUUAUGACAUUCCAAGGUAUCCAAGAGACUAUGUCCACCGUGUUGGAAGGACUGCGAGAGCUGGCAGAGGAGGACUUUCUAUUAGCUUUAUUACACAG